UCAAUCCGGAAACAUCUCCUUGAAUUCUUUCAGGAUAGCCCAAUAUUUAGUAGCAAGUGAACCUAAAAGAAUCUUAAAAUGAAGUUGAACAUCUCAUAUCCGCUAACCGGCUGCCAGAUGCUCUUGGAGAUCGUGGACGAGCACAAGCUGCGCAUUUUCUAUGAAAAGCGCAUGGGCGCCACUGUUGCCGCCGAUGGUCUGGGAGAGGAAUGGCAGGGCUAUGUCCUGCGUAUCGCCGGUGGCAACGACAAGCAGGGCUUCCCCAUGAUGCAGGGCAUCUUCAGCCAGCAGCGUGUCCGCCUGCUCCUCAAGGCCGGCCAUUCGUGCUACCGGCCGCGUCGUGACGGCGAACGGAAGCGCAAGUCGGUGCGUGGCUGCAUCGUCAAUGCCAACAUGUCCGUGUUGGCCUUGGUGGUGAUUCGCAAGGGUGAGCAGGACAUUCCCGGCCUCACCGACUGCUUCCGACCGCGUCGCCUGGGUCCUAAGCGCGCCAGCAAGAUCCGCAAGCUCUUCAACCUGACAAAGCAGGACGAUGUGCGUCGCUAUGUGGUGGGUCGCCCGCUGCCGGCCAAGGAGAACAAGAAGGCCACCACCAAGUUCCCCAAGAUUCAGCGUCUCAUCACGCCGGUGGUGUUGCAACGCAAGCGCCACUUGAUCGCCGAGCGGAAGAAGCGACGCAUUGCCUCCGCCUUGGCAGCCAGCGAGUAUGUCAAGCUGCUGAUGAUCCGCAAGAAGGAGUCGAAGGCCAAGCGUGAGUUGGAGCGCCGUCGCUCCCUCUCCUUGCGCAGCUCCAAGUCAUCGUUGCGCUCCUCCACCUCGGCCUGAGUA